AUGUUAAAUGAGGCUGGAGAACUUGGAAGAAGAGUAGCCAAAAUACCACUUGAAGAAGGGUACAAAGUCUUGCGUGAGGGAGAGUUUGAAGACACACUAUUUGGAGACUUCAAGCUCUUUAGGAGGAUGGUUGGAAAGCUGAUCUAUCUUACCAUUACAAGACCAAACAUCUGUUUUGUUGUGAACCAAGUCAGCCAGCAUAUGCAAGCACCAAAGGUCCAUCAUUGGAAUAUGGUGGAAAGGAUCAUACGAUACCUAAGGGAGGCUCCAUGUCAAGAUUGGGCUGGUGAUAGAGUGGAUAUGAGGUCUACUACAUGUUAUUACACCUUCAUUGGAGGCAAUCUAGUUACGUGGAAAAGCAAGAAGCAAAAGGUGAUAUCAUGUUCAAGUGCUGAGGCAGAGUAUAAAGCAAUGAGGAAGCUGACUAGUGAGCUCAUUUGA